GAUGCAAAGUACUGCAGUCAGGCUCUAGACUCUACUUAAUUGUAUACAGUAGUAUAAAUAGAAGCAAGCUAGCUGAAGAGUGAAGACUCACACCAAACGAUGAAGAUCUUCAACUGGGUGCACCGUAGAUUCCAUAACAAAGAUGAAUCAAGUGAAAAUGUGAAGAUGGUCAAGGCAGAGCAUGGCACGGGAGCUUUACUCGAACAAGUUGAUGUUAUUCAAGACUGGGGACAAGGAAUUCUCGCUAUUGGUACUUUUGGUUAUGAUCCAUCACCUAAUGAUUUCAAUCAACAAGUGCAGAUGUUCCAUAUGUUUGAAAAUGAAGAUGAAUUAGAAUUAUUAGAAGAAGAAGGCGAAAAGGAAGAUGGUGUAGAAGGAGAAAAUAAAAUUUGUGAUCAUGACCAAGGAAGAGAACUUAAUCCUUUGGUGCUUAAGGCAUCCAAACAUGGCUUUAGUAACGAAGACAAUGUUUGUGAUCAUGAUCAAAAUGCUAUAAAAUCCGAGAUCACAAUAUUGUCAGUGGAUGAUGUGGAGAAUUCAGAGUGCGUUGUGAGAGAGGUUUACGAGAAAAAAGAGAGAACUACCCUUGCAGAUUUGUUCAUGGCAGAUUCUGAUGAGUAUAAAGAUCAAGGAGAAGUAGUCAAUAAGCCAAAAUCCAUAAAGAAAGCUGAGGGUGCAGAAAAUUCAAAGUUCAAACUCCCCUUUGCGAAGAAGUUUAUUCCUCUAAUGAAGCAGGAUAAUUCAUGUUCGAGUUCCCAUCCGUGUGGGAUAAAGAAGAUACACAAGAUGAUGAGGAGGAUGUUGAAGAAAAAGGUACAUCCAGAGCUUGAGAGCAAAAGGCAAAAGCCAUUCAAGUACGGUGGAAAUGAAGUCAUGGAGAUGGCAUCUCUACUUCAAACUCAAGAUGCAAUUAUUUGCCCGUGAGGAUAUAUAUUUAUAAGUUACAGACACUGUUUGGUAUUAAGUGUUGUCAGAUACAUCUAUCUUUGUGUCCUCUUACAAUAAAAAUGUUGUAAUAAUUGAAGAUGGAGCUAGCUUUGUAAUUUCAGUUUUUGUGCCACUUAUUAUUUGUCAGUAAUAUUUUGUAACUUACAUUAUAUUCUGGGAAUCCCAAUUUAAUUUUGUCUGCAU